CUUCUAGCUAUUAACUAGACUUUUAGCUACUAACUAGACUUCUAGCUACUAAGUAGACUUCUAGCUACUAACUAGACUGCUAGCUACUAACUAAGCUUCUAGCUACUGACUAGACGCGCUUUGGUUGUGAAGGCGCCACUGUAGUUUUUAAAAGGGACAGACUAGACUUAUUUUGCUUGUAAAGACGCCAUUGUAGUCUUACUUGUUUCUUCUGUAUAAGGAAUGAAAAGGACACAUCAUGGGUGCGACUCAGAGCUCCGACAUGGCCGCCUCGAAACCAAGUCUGUCUUCAGGUCCUGUCAUGUCCAGCUCGCUUAAGUUCCCUAUCCCCCUAGAAGUCCUGGAGGAGAUCUUCAUUAAUCUCCCCCCUGGCCAAGUGGUCCAAAGUUGUCGGUUAGUGUGUCGUCAAUGGAAGGACAUUGCUGACAGCCAGUCUCUAUGGAGAGUCAGAUGCAAGAGAGAAGGCCUUCACCUCCGUGACGUUUCUAAAGUACCCAAAGACUGGAGGCUAUUUUACUUCUUGUGCAGGAAAAGGCGGAAUCUUCUCAGGAACCCAAGAGCAGAAAAUAAAAUGAGUGGUUGGCAGAUAUUGGAGAACAGCGGCGACAGAUGGAAAGUAGAGGAUGUCCUUGUUCCGCAUCCCAAUGAAACGGUCGAGAAAAACUUUGUGACAUCUUAUAACAUGUGCAGGAAGUCCCAGCUGAUUGAUUUGGGGACGGAAGGUUAUAAUGCAUCAUUUAUGGAUCACUUCCAGCCAGACAUCAAAAUAUCAGAUUGGUAUGCACCACGCUGGGACUGUGGCUGUCUAUUCAAGAUUCACGUGGAGCUACUGAAUCAAAAAAAGAAGCCGAUUCAGACUUUUUCCCCUGAGGAGAUUUAUUUUGAGCAAUGGAGCGAUCCUAAAUGGAAUCAGAUAACACACGUCUUUCAAGACUAUGGUCCAGGAGUUCGGUACAUCCGCUUUAUCCAUGGAGGCAAGGACACGCAGUUUUGGGCUGGCUGGUAUGGAAUUCGCCUUACAGACAGUUGCGUCGAGAUAUGCCCUGCAGUGGACACGUAGCUCAACGGGAGUCCACUAUCUCCUGGUUCCUCCCUUUGCCUAAUGAAGUAUUGCACUAUUUUCAUCACACAUCACAAAAUCAAAAAAAUCUAUUGUCAUUGUCCUCUUGGAAGGAUCUUGUUUGGAAACAUUACAUCCAUUUGACAACAGACAUUACCAGGAAACCAGCCGUUAUUUUGUCUGUCAUCAAGUGACACCAUCAGUCAUAUAUAUAUAUAUUUUUUAAUUUAUUUUACAGGGUGAUUCAAAAAGACUUGGAGUAUUUAUUUCAUGCUUUACAAGUGCUCAAUAUGGCCACCACCAGCAGCACGGACAACAUCAAUACGAUAUGAGAAUUAUUCCCAAACGCGCCGCAGGAUGUUGCGAUCCACCGUGUUGAGUGCUGCUGUUAUUCGCCAUUUUGAGGGUAAAUGAACACGUUGUCUUCCUACAAUUGAACCGCGCCCAAAGGAUUACGUGACCACAACGGUGAAAUUGUAACCCAUUAAAACUUGGAUAACUCCUGUAUCAAAUGACCCUUGAUUCAGUCUAUUACAAUGAUUCAGAACUGAAUAAAUGUGUGAUGAUUUUGAAUCACCCUGUAAGUGUAUAUGUAUGUGUGUGUGUAUAUAUAUAUAUAUAUUAUAUUUA